AUGUUGCUGCGAAUGCUUUCGGAUGCAACCGAAAGCUCCUGCCUACACCACCUACCGUAUGCAAGUGAAAAGGACAUCAACGCUCGCACAGCAGAGGGCGCGACUGCUUUACAUUAUGCGGCAACAGUGGGUUACGUUGAUGUUUGUUUGGAGCUGAUGGAGUCGCCGACCUUUAUGCAGGUCAAUGACCAGGAUGCGUCAGGUUGCACGGCAUUGCACUACGCCGCGUGUAAAGGCCACCAUGAGGUGUGCAGUGUCCUGCUCCAACACUGGAGAUUUUCAGCGCAGGAUGCUCAGGACUGGAACGGGUGGACAGCGCUACACGCUGCAGCGGCACAUGGCCAGAGUCACGCGUGCGCUGCAUUGUUGGACAGUCAACGCUUCAAGCUUGUGACUGCGAGGGACAAGAAUGGCAUGACAGCGCUGCAUUUAGCAACAGCUCGCGGAUUCGCAGACGUCUGUGCGGCAUUGUCUGGCCAUGAGGCAUUUGCUGGCCAAGCUAUAAUGGACAACUUUGGAAGAACAGUCCACGCCAUGCGCAACGAACCAGUCCUGAAGGACAGGGGUGUCCAGACAAUGCAAAUUCCAAAGAGCGUUCCUAAUAAGACGCCGAAGGCCACUGCUAAGCCACAUGGAGUCAAGUGGGAGAGCCUGGCUAAAUGGACAUCACACCUGCAAAAGAUACAAGACGAGUCUGGUCAUGCGAAGGGGGGGAAGGCAGCAAACCCGGAUCAGCCUGAUGUUCAGGAUGCUUGCGCGAACAGUGCUGAGGACGCACAAUUAACUCGCAGUAGUAUUCAAUUAUUCGGCCCCAGGGGAUCAGACAUUGGAGUUUCGCCUAGAAGCACCAAUAAUCCACAGGUGAGGAAGCCAGAGGAAGUUCAACCUCAGCAAGCAACUAUUCUUCCAGGAGCCAUCGCCGCAACGAGUGCAGAAGAUAUCGCUUCGCAGCUUGGCCAUGAACACACGAAUGGACGACAGGUGGCUUGGCAGCCAUCAAGUCAAGACCGCGGCGAAAGGCUUUCCACUGCUGGGCAAUCUGGACAGACAUCAAAUCAGCACAUCGACGAGAGGCUUUCCACCGCAGGCCAGUCUAGGCAGCCAGCAAAUCAAGAUCGCAACGAGCUGCUUUCUACUGCAGGGCAAUAUGGGCAGCGAGCAAGUCAAGACCGCGGCGAAAGGCUUUCCACAGCUGGGCAAUCUGGGCAGCCAUCAAGUCAAGACCGUGACGAGAAGCCUUCCAUUGCAGGGCAAUCUGGGCAGCCAGCAAUUCAAGACCGCGGCGAAAGGCUUUCCACUGCUGGGCAAUCUGGGCAGCCAGCAAGUCAAGACCGUGACGAGAAGCCUUCCACUGCUGGGCAAUCUGCAAGUCAAGACCGCGGCGAAAGGCUUUCCACUGCUGGGCAAACUGGGCAGCCAGCAAGUCAAGAUCGUGGCGAGAGGCUUUCCAUUGCUGGGCAUUCUGAGCAGCGGGCAAGUCAGGAAACGGCGAAGCAGAAAGAAACCCCAAGUGAAGAUAGGCGGUUGGAGCCAGUAAAGCCAAGCAGUAUGCCGGAAACACUUGAUGUGAAUGGAGUGAUGGUCAGGGAAGUUGAGAGCUCCAAAUCGAGCGCAGCUGAGGAUGGGGGAAGAACCAUGACAGCCCAGGCCACGAGGAUUGCCGAAGAUGAGAUCCAGCCAAAUGACGGCAGAAAGACGGGUCCUUCACCAGCCGAAGAUCCGCAGAACCAAAUCAACACAAAGAGCAAUUCAGUAACGGAUGCCAGCCCGGAGGCCACUGGGGAAGAUGCUACAGACCUUGGCAAAGCUGCCAGCACUGAUAUGGUGGGCGAAAAGGCCCUGGGAGAUGCCCCAACAAAUGCAACAGACCAGCUGACGCUUGGAAGCGAAGAAAUGGAUGCCAAGCAUGCACAGGAGGUUGAUACUGCAGAAGCAGCAGCUGCAGGCAGCGCAGAUAAGGGGAAGCACCACAAAAGCAACCGGCAAGAGAGACGAGAAAAGCUAAAAAUUCGAAGGGUUGCUGAUCCAGAACCACCUCGAAAAAUUCGCAACAGGCUGAAGGAAGCCAUGAGACCUGAGACCACGGAUCAGCCAAUUGAGGAUGCAGCCACAACUGGAGAAGGGGCACAGCACGUCGAGCCUGGUGCAACGCAGGAAGCCCCAGAUGCAGCAGAGGCCGCCGCGCAAGAAGAAGAGCGAAAGGCACGGGAGGCAGCAGAAGCAGAGGCAGCCGCCCGCGUAGAGGAGGAGCGGAAGGCGCGGGAANNAGCCGCUCGCGCGGAGGAG